AUGUUCAUGGAGAACUUUGAGCGAAUAAUACAAGACAUACCAGAAAGUGAGAAGGUCCUCGUGGGAGCUGACCUCAACGGAUAUGUAGGCAAAAGAUCAGAUGGGUACCAAAGAGUUCAUGGUGGUAAAGGGUAUAGCCAGAAGGACACAGAGGGAGAGAGAAUCCUAGAAUGUGCCGAAAGCCUCGACAUGACAGCUGUCAAUACCUUCUGCCAAAAGAGAGAUGAACAUCUCAUCACAUACAAGAGUGGGCAACAUGCCGCACAGAUUGACGACAUGAUGAUUAGAAGAGUGGACCUGAGGAGUGUCAGGCAUUGUAAGGUCAUUCCAGGAGAGGCACAGCAUAGACUCCUAUGUGUGGUGCUCAAGAUCAGACAAGAGAGGAAACAAAAGCCAAAAACACAGAAAAGGAUCAAGAUCUGGAAACUGAAAGGGGACAAGAUCAUAGAGUUUCAGGAGAGAAGCAAAGAGAGUGGUGGCCAAGGCUAA